AUGACCAGAAGAAAGAAGAGCAAGACUAAUGAUGACCAACAGCAACUCAACCAGCAGUGUGGCGUCAAGCUUGGUCCCCAUGGGGGGAGGAGGGAAGAUGAAGAGCUCGUCUGGGUGAUUGGCAGGCUCGCUGUCAUCUGUGUUGCUCAGGCAGGUGGGGGAGGAUGGGGACAAGGCUGGGGGAGCAUGAUGAGGAUGCAGGGUGAGCACUUCACUGCUGCAGGCUGUGCUGCCCAGCAAGAGAUGGAAAUGGGGUUGUUGGAAAAGGGGGGGCUGCUGAUGGACAAGUCCAAGGAUGAUGCCGAGCUCACCAUGAAGGACAAACUGGGCAACAUAGCAUAUGCUGGCUAUGCCAUGUGGAAGACAUUCAGCGGCAACAUUGCAGCAACGUUUGGAGUGGCCCUCCUUGCCCUAACAAUUUUCUGGGGCUGGAUUCUGUACGGCUUGGGCUGCAUGGCGAGAGCCCUCAAGGACUUUGCCACCAAGCACAAGAUUGAGAUCAGGGUGAUGCUAGUCCUUAAUGUCAUUCUUCUGGCUCAUAGUGUGAGCCCUUAUAUGGUGUUGAUUGACACCAUCAACAGUUUGAAGAAGGAUUGA